AGCGCAGAGUAUAUCCAGACAUGGCUAUAGGGAAAAGUUUGCCUCGUGGCACACUGGAUAUGUCUCUCUAUCCUCUCUCCUCCCCCAGCAGGCAUGAAGACCCCCAACAAACCAGGGCAGCUGCAGGACGGGCCACUGGGUCUGCAAACAUGACAAAGAAAAAAGUCUCCCAAAAGAAGCAGAGAGGCAGACCUUCAUCCCAGCCCCGCAGGAACAUCGUGGGAUGCAGAAUUUCUCAUGGAUGGAAAGAAGGAGAUGAGCCCAUCACCCAGUGGAAAAGAACCGUUCUGGAUCAGGUGCCUAUAAAUCCCUCUCUUUAUCUGGUGAAAUAUGAUGGAAUUGACUGUGUUUAUGGACUGGAACUUCACAGAGAUGAAAGAGUUUUGUCUCUUAAAAUUCUUUCUGACAGGGUGGCAUCAUCUCACGUUAGUGAUGCCAACCUUGCAAAUACCAUAAUUGGCAAAGCAGUGGAACACAUGUUUGAGGGAGAGCAUGGUUCUAAGGAUGAAUGGAGGGGUAUGGUCUUAGCUCAAGCACCUAUCAUGAAAGCCUGGUUUUAUAUUACCUAUGAGAAAGAUCCUGUCUUGUACAUGUACCAGCUUCUAGAUGAUUAUAAGGAAGGUGACCUCCGCAUCAUGCCAGAAUCCAAUGAGUCUCCUCCAACAGAGAGGGAGCCAGGAGGAGUUGUAGAUGGCCUGAUAGGUAAGCAUGUGGAAUAUACCAAAGAAGAUGGCUCCAAAAGGAUCGGCAUGGUCAUUCACCAAGUGGAAGCCAAACCCUCUGUGUAUUUCAUCAAGUUUGAUGAUGAUUUCCAUAUCUAUGUCUAUGAUUUGGUGAAAAAGUCCUAACUGUUAGGGUAAAAUUUGGCACAUGUGUGGAAACAAAUGUAUAAUUUGUAGACAUGAAAAAAAAGUUACCUUACAGUGUACUGAAAGCCUAUGGAAUCCCUGAUAACCCAACAUCUUUGCCAGCAUUAACUGUUGUUUUGUUCUAAAAAAUACAAAUUUGUGUGU